GACAGCUGACAAACAGCCCGCCAGUGGACGAUUAAUGUUGAUUAUACCUCUCUUCUGUUCUCUAACUAAAGAUCUGUCAGUCAAACUUUUCAGUAAGUUGUCUUAUACAAGAAACCCACAAAGUAACAAAACUAGCACCUUAGACGGCCAUUUGCUUUGCUUAGCUAAAACCACCUGAGGAAUGAAGAGGCAAGAUGGAUAUAGCCUACUUAAUAUUUUCAAACCUAAGCUUUCAAAAUCGACAACAGCUACUGAGCAAGAACCAAGGAUUGAAAAUGUGGACCAUGAAAAGCCAGAGAGCACCGCCAAAAUGAACCAGGAGUGACAGCUGAACCAGUCGUGCAACAUCCUUGGAGAAAGCGGACUGGUGUCCCACCACUUACCUCUGGAGAGGACUGCAGGUAAGACUCCUGAGUAGCUAUGGAAUGCCGGGACGGAUUUCUGCAAGACUUGGGGAAAUUCCUGAGCUGUGCUUCUUUAUUGCUUAAGUUUCAUUUUUUUAUGUCUGGCUUAUGAGGAUAGCAGGGAAUGUGCGAAUCAAAAUAAAUCAAUGUCACGUUUAGUUUUGAUUAGUGAAUCUCUCCGACAAUAAGAUAACAAUGUAUUUGACUGGUGGACCUGCCCUAUCCAAACACAUGUAUUGCAGAUGUAAGGUUUGGCUGCCAAGUGCAUUACAUUGGAGGAAGACUGUUUUAUUUGCAUGAAUAUCAAACACAUCCCUAAGCAGGCAGUGUUGUAUGCGUGAAAGCUGCAUGCUGGCACAAAGUUUUCAGCCUUCGGGUACAAACAAAUUAGUUUGCAUUAUCAUGACCUUGGAAAUCUGUUUUGCUUCUUAUGUUCUUAAGAAUGGCUUCCCUAUCAACUGAUUUCAAUGGCUCCUAAUUAGUAACACCAUUCCACGGGAGAGUGCUUGUGUAUGAAAGUGUGUUUUGUGCAUUGCACACCUUUCUCCUGUCUGUAUAAUUGUUUUCUUGGUGCCGCCUGACUGUCCCGGGGCCCUGAGGGGAAGUCCUGCCCGCAGACAGGCAGGUCGGCCCGGCUGGGGACAAGCCGGGUCCUGCCGAGCUUCUGAAGUCUGCUGGCUGACUUUGAACUGCAGCUGCUGGAGGUAGAAAGGCUAAAGAGCAACCCAGAAGAGGAUGAAGGAUGUAAUCUUCAAAAGAUGAACCGGGAGCAAAGAUGCCACAGUGGAAAGAAGCAACAAAAUCCAUCUUCCUGUCCUCAAUUUUGGUGUGUUGUAUGUUUGCGAGUGCAGAGUAUUCCAGCUGUGGAGAGUAUGAAUUCUUAAACCCAAGCAAUAACAGCUGCCAGGCAUGCCCUCAGUGCCAGCCAGGACAGGAGCCACACAUGACUUGUGGCUAUGGUGUGAAGGAUGAAGACUUCUCUUGUCUACCAUGUCCACCUGGGAAGUACUCCAAAGGUAAAUAUGAGAUCUGCAGACGGCACAAAGACUGUGACGCCCUCUACAAAGCCACAGUGCGUACGGUGGGAACACAGGACAGCGAUGCAGAGUGCGGACCUUGUUUACCAGGGUAUUACAUGCUGGACAAUAGACCCAGAAAUAUCUAUGGGAUGGUUUGCCAUUCCUGCCAGAAUGCACCACCCAACACCAAAGAAUGCAUGCAGUCCAAUGAGCCAGUACAAAAACCUCAGCCAGAGCUUGAGAGCACCACUGUUUUCCCUCAUCUUCAAAAAGACCCAACAGGGCAAGGUCAUCUAGCAACAGCUCUCAUUAUCGCCAUGUCAACCAUUUUUGUCAUGGCAGUCGCCAUUGUUCUCAUCAUUAUGUUUUACAUCCUGAAAGCCAAGCCAAGUGGCCAGGCAUGCUGCAACGGACAAGUGAAAUCAGUUGAAGCUCAGACCAAUAAACAAGAGGACAAGAAAGACGUCCCUGAUAAAGUGGUGAUCUACUCAGAAAAAGAUGAAUUUGACAAACUUCAGGCCUCACCUCAGAAGGCAGUCAAAAGUGAGAACGACGCAUCAUCAGAGAAUGAGCAGCUGUUGGGCCGCAGUAUUGACAGCGACGAGGAGGCGACAUUGGAGAAGCAGGGCUCCGUAGCGGAGACAAACAACCUGACCCCCAAUUUAGGCCUCAUCAAUGUGGGGAACAAGCCAGACCUUUGCCUGCUCGCUCUGGGCGUGCAGGAUAGUGAUAGCGCCUGCAACGGGACCGCCAACGUCGCAGCUAACCCCAACAGCAACCUCCCCAAUCCCAGCCCAAUGGGCAAUGUCAACCACAUCUCCAGCGCUAACCACAUCAGCAAUGUGACCGCAAUCAACAAUAGCAAUAAAAACCCUGGGAUGUUACAGAGUCGCAGGAAAAAGAUCCUAGAUCUGUAUACUACGGUGUGCAACGUGACAGAUGGCCUGAGCCCCACGGAACUACCAUUCGACUGCCUGGAGAAAGCUAGCCGCAUGCUGAGCUCCUCCUACAGCAGCGAGGCAGCAGUGGUCAAGACUUGGAGGCAUCUGGCCGAGAGCUUCGGCCUGAAGCGGGAUGAGAUCGGCGGGAUGAGCGACGGCCUGCAACUUUUCGAGAGGGUGAGCACAGCAGGAUACAGCAUCCCCGACUUGCUCACCCGCUUAGUGCAGAUUGAGAGACUGGACGCUGUCGAGUCGCUGUGCUCGGACGUUCUAGGAGGCAAUGACAUGACGGCUCAGGGCAGUAGACAAGGCAUCAGCAGUUUCCAUAGCCAGCUGGUUUGCCCGUCACCAUGCCAGCAGACUUCACAACGCUGCGCCAGUGUUUGAAAGCAUUGAGAAGCACAAACUCUUAAGUUCCCUCAUCACAUGAAGAACGUUGAUGGACCUCAGUCGAUAUAUCCCCAAGUUAAGAAGAUACACAUUAAAACGAGUAAUUGUGACUACAGAAUUUGACUAUAAGACGGCGUCACAAAACAAGAAAACUUGAGUUUUUUUUCUUCUUGUCGUUUGUAAGCCGCACUAGACUAUAAGAUGCAGGUGUCCACUUUGUAUUAUGGGAAAUUUAAAUCAUAAGACAUGCAGCUUAUUAGCCUAUAAAAAUCCAUAAAUUUAAUGGGCAAAAAAGUCUGAAAUUUAUGGUAAUUGUUAUUGCAUAUAGUUUUUGAGACAGAUGCAGAGAUGCAUAAAUGAGGAUUGAACUCACUAUAGUGAACUAGAACGUAGACAUUGUGUUUCAGGUCUUCUCGCUGGUUAAUUGUGUCUAACUUCACAUAUGUUCUUCUGGAAGAAUGACACCUUCUUGCCAAAUGAAUGGAAAUUUUAAAAACAAAACCACAAAAAAAGGCAGGGUACAUGUACGCAAUGUUAUUUAUAUUCUUGUCUUAUGAAUUUUUUUUUGCCAAGGUUCUAUCAAGUAUGAUAAUAUGGAAAGCUAUAUAGCUUUCUUGCACACUCAAAUGGAGAUUUUCCAACAGGAAGGCUCCACCAACUCAUACAGUACGAUCAUUUUGCACAUAAAGUCAUAGAUUUACAUACAAGUGCCUAUGCAGUGCUAGACACAUGGACCAAAUAUUUAUAAUUCAACAACUACAGUGCCCUCCAUAAUUAUUGGCACCACUGAAAAAGAUGUUUUUUAGCUUCUAAUUUUUUAUUUUUUUUUUGU